AUGGCAACUAUUCACAACAUGGUCCUCCGUGGGCUCAACAGUAUCUAUCUGCAGGCGCCUCACAUCAAACCUGCAGAUGAAAAGACUUUCCUUGGGUACAGCGCCUGUUUCUAUGACCUAGUACAUGUGCAUCACCAGGGCGAGGAAGACAUCUUAUUUCCUGCUAUUGAGGAGAUGAGUGGUGAGAAAGGCAUCAUGGACCGUAACAUCGAACAGCAUCACGCCUUCAGCCAGGGACUCAAAGACUACAACAUUUACAUAAGUGCUUGCCUACGUGAUACAGAGGAAUAUAAUGGAUCGAGAUUGCUUACCAUUAUUGACAGUUUUGGCCACGAAUUAGCCGAUCAUCUCGCCCAGGAAAUUACUACUAUCCUCAACUUGAGGCAAUACGGCACCAAGAUGGAUAAAUUUGAGGAGAAAUUUAAGGAAUGGGCUGAUAAGGACACGAGCAACCUUGCUGUGCCCGGGACACUUACCUGGGGAUUCUUCAACCAUGACAAACAAUACGAAGAUGGUCUCUGGCAGGACUGGCCCCCUGCCCCUGCACCGGUUGUCUUCACUAUCCGAUGGGUGACAUACUGGAUACAUUCCGAUUGGUGGCGCUUUGCACCAUGUGAUCGAUAUGGACAGUCGAAAGAAAGGUUAUUUGCAAUGGUGUAG